CUUCCUGUUUUUGCAUCGCAGCAACAACGUGUUAAUGCAGUGCUCUAGUGUGUCGUUGUAAGUGUUAUGUGCGACCAGUGUCUAACUCACUUGCUACAAUGCAGAUAUCCAGUGUUAAUGAUGUAAAGAUUUAUAACUUAAGCCAUGGGAAGUCACUUCCAGAGUGGCUCUCGGAUCGGAAGAAAAGACAGCUACAAAAGAGUGAUGUUGACCUCCAGCGCAGGAUCGAGCUCAUCCAGGACUUUGAGAUGCCCACAGUGUGCACCUCAAUCAAAGUGUCCAGAGAUGGGCAGUUCAUCCUGGCAGCAGGAACUUACAAGCCCAGGAUUCGCUGUUAUGACACAUAUCAGCUGUCCCUGAAGUUUGAGCGCUGUCUGGAUUCAGAUGUCGUUGCAUUUGACAUCCUGUCUGAUGACUACUCAAAGCUGGUGUUUCUUCACUGUGACCGCUAUGUAGAGUUCCACUCACAACACGGACGGUACUACAAGACACGUAUUCCAAAGUUUGGAAGGGACUUCUCUUACCACUAUCCCUCCUGUGACAUCUUUUUUGUUGGUGCAAGCUCAGAGGUUUUCAGACUGAACCUGGAACAAGGACGUUUCCUCAACUCACUCCAGACUGAUGCUGUAGGGAACAAUGUGUGUGACAUUAACCCCGUCCAUCAUUUGUUUGCCACAGGCUCCUCAGAGGGAAGGGUGGAAUGCUGGGACCCUCGUGUCCGGAACAGAGUGGGCACACUGGACUGUGCCCUGAGCAGCCUCACUGAAGGAACAGAAGUUCAAAGUCUGCCGUCCAUCAGUGCACUGAAGUUUAAUGGCUCCCUCACAAUGGCAGUAGGAACCAGCACAGGACAGGUGCUCCUGUAUGACCUGCGCUCCAGCCAGCCCCUGCUGGUCAAAGACCAUUUCUACAACCUGCCAAUCAAGUCCCUCGACUUCCACAAUCAACUGGAUCUAGUUGUUUCUGCUGACUCCAAGAUUAUAAAAAUGUGGAACAAAAACAAUGGCAAGGUGUUCUCAUCCAUACAGCCUGAGGCCAACAUUAAUGACGUGUGCAUCUACCCUCAUUCAGGUAUGCUCUUCACUGCCAAUGAAGAUCCCAAGAUGAACACAUUCUACAUCCCGGCCCUGGGCCCUGCGCCUCGGUGGUGCUCCUUCCUUGACAACCUGACAGAGGAGCUGGAGGAGAGUCCAGAGAGCACAGUAUACGAUGACUAUAAGUUCGUCACCCGGAAAGACCUGGAAAAUCUUGGUUUGUCUCACCUGGUGGGAUCAUCUCUCCUGAGAGCUUACAUGCAUGGCUUUUUUAUGGACAUACGGCUUUAUCACAAGGUCAAAAGUAUGGUCAAUCCUUUUGCGUACGACGAGUAUCGCAAGGAUAAGAUCCGACAGAAGAUUGAGGAGUCAAGGACUCAGAGAGUGCAGGUCAAGAAACUGCCCAAGGUGAACAAGGAUCUGGCUCUGAAGCUGAUGGAUGAGGGUGAUGAUGAAGCAGAGUUGGCAUCCAGGAAAAAGAAGGGCAAGGCUCUCCCCAGCAUCCUGAGCGACGACCGCUUCAAGGUGAUGUUCGAAAACCCGGAUUACCAGGUGGACGAGCAGAGCGAGGAGUUCCGCCUGCUCAACCCCAUCGUCUCCAAGGUCGGGCAGAAGAGGAAGAAGAAGCUGCGUCUGCUGGCUCAGCAGGCUGCAGCAUCCCAGCAGGCGGCUGAGGAUGAGGACGAGCCCGAGGGUCGAGCCAGCUCUGAGGAGGAGAGCUCAGACGACGACAAGAGCUGGGUAGAUGAGGUCCGGGAGCAGCGGCGGUUGCUGCGGGAGGAGGGCCGAGACCGCCGGCGGCAGGAGAGGAAGCAAGCUGACCGCAACACAAUCCUGCUGGAGACGGAGCAGAACGGAGGAGAGCAGACCUCAAACAUGGCCAAGAGCAAGAAGACGAGUCGGCCUCAGUUUUAUCAAAUCAAAGCAGGGGAGGAGUUCAGAAGUUUUAAUGACAUGGCACGCAAGCAGAAACUACAGAAAGCAUCUCUGGAGGACCGUCUGAAGCUGGAGGAAAAUUCUGAAACCAAUAUUGUGGCCGACACUGCAGUGGGCAGCAAACAGCUAACUUUCACUCUCAAAAAGUCGGAGCAACAGAGGAAGCAGCAGCAGGCAGAGCAUGAGCACCACGAGGAGAGGAAGAAGCUGCGGCGCUCAGCAGGACACCUGAGCAGCGCCCGGGGAAGAGGCUGGAGCGGCGGAAGAGGAAGAGGAGGAGGCGGAAGAGGAGGAGGCGGAAGAGGAAGAGGAGGAAGAGGCCGAUACUGAAGAGAGCAGCCUGGAAAAAUGAACAGGCAUUGCUUAUAAAUGUCUUUUGAGAUGUUGGAGAUGUGUCCUUUUAAGGGUUAGCGGACACAAACUGACAGUGAGGAAAUGGAGGACUUGAUCAUGAUCAAGUUUCUUACUAUUGCUCCUCAGUGGAGUUUAUUGUUUUAAAGAUUUGGAGAAAACAAUUGUGUGUAUGUAAAAUAAUCCUUUUCCUAUUAUUGUAUAUUGUUAAGCCAACAUUGGAUUAACAUUGGUUACAACA